UCAUGUCUACCUCACGAGGUUUCUUGGGAUUUCGGGGGCGAUCUGGCGUUAAUGCGCCAGAAGCUACUGCAGAUACAUCUGAUGGGUCCGGGACGCACAUUUCUGGGACUCCCGAGACUCUCCAGGCUUCUAGUAGUUCACGGGCUAGAAGGCCUAGGGGCCCUACAGCUGCUGAUAUCAGAGAGAGAGUUCGUAAGGCUGCAGAUGGGAGGACGGUAUUUGAGAGGCAUCCUACGACUGGGUAAGCAUUUGAGUUUAAUUUACUGUUUCUCGUACACCAUGAUUAAGUGAUAAAAUUACUUGUACACAGUGAGUUGUUGGAGCCCUACGGCCUGUCCAAAGCUUGCACACAGUCAUUUAAGGCAUUUGAAAACCCAGGCGGGUACACAUGGAAGUUGACGCCCCCGGCGAUGAAGGAUAAAUUUUUUGGUGAAUUAGAGGUACAAUUAAAUAACAUGUACAUAUAAAUAUAUCAUAUUCAAUUGUUAAAAUGUUUGAUAUUAAAUUAAUUCUCUUUCUUUCAACAGAAAGAGUUUCAGUGGCAGCCCGCGGAUGAGCGUGACGUGAGGAAAAUGUGGGAGAAAAACGCCCGCAAAAGGUACUCCGACAUGAUGAGCGACUACAAGAAAGAGCUCAAGGACUGUACCUGCCAAGGGAGACAGAUGUCUAGACCCAUCUGGAUGACUCCCGAUUUCUGGACUGGACUCCAGGAAUACUGGCAGCGUCCCGAGGUUGAGGCUGUUUCUACGCGAGCACGUGCCAACCGGAUGUCCGAGCCCGAUGGGGAGGGUACAGGGAUCAAUAGGCACGUGGGCGGGUCCCAGUCGACUCGUAUCCUGCAGCAGUAUAUGGUAUGUAAUUAACAAAUAAUUAAGUAUAUAAAUUAAAUUAAUAUAUUGACUAAUAUAACUUAUUUAUCUUAUAUAAAUGCAUCUACAGAGCUUGGAUCCUGGUACUCCCCAGGAUGCACCGAACUAUGCCACCUUCCUCCGCCUCCACACGUGCGCCGACGGAAGUUAUACGUCGGAGAGAGAUGCUAGAAUUGACGCCGAGGUUCAUCGACUGGCCGCUGCCACAGGACGACAGGAGCGGCUAGACGAGGUGUAUUUGGAGGUGGUGCAAAUUGAUAGGUCACGGAUCUACGGCGUCGGGAGUGCCGGGCAGAGUCAGGCUAGUAGGGGGUCUAUCCGCAGCACGGGCAGUUCUGCGGUGUCUCAGCAGCUUUAUGAGACACGGAUCUCCACGCUGGAGGAGCAAUUGGCGGCAGAGCAAGCACAACGCCAACAGAUGGAGGACCGCAUGGCUCAAUUGGAGGCGUUUAUGAGGAUGUAUAAUGCUCAGCCACCUCCAGGGCCUGAUGCCGAUGAUGAUGAUGAUGAUGCUUAGAAUUAUUUAAACUAUAUAUUUAUGUUUUCAAACAAAAUUACAUUUGCACUUUCUUUUCAAAUUUAUGUUUUAUUGAACUAUAUAUUUCAAGUGCUUUAAUUAUUAAAACUAUAUAUGUUUUAUAUAUUUAAGGCAAUGAUGAUGAUGAUUGCAUUUAACAUAAACAAAUAAAUUCAAAUCACAUUAUAAUAACCAAAUUAAAACACUUUUGGUGUAUUAAUGUUAAAAAAAAAAAUUAUUAAUUAAUUAAUUAUUAAAUAUUAAUUAAAUAUUUUACCGACGAUAAAAAUAAGGACCGAAACGAACUCGCUCACUAAUUAACAACAUAUUUCAGGUAUUAUCUCCACAUAUUCAAAGAUUAUAAUUAUAUGAGUGAGUAUAUAGCAUUUAAAUGAAUUAAUAGAUGUAGAUAUAUCAAUAAUACGAGUGUUCUGUACUGGUGAUCACUCGAAAAGAAUUUCAAAGUUAAGCGUGCUUGACACAGAGCACAAGCAAGAUGGGUAACCCACUGGGAAGUCGGGUCGCCGACUGGGAAGUUCGUCUAAAGUAUGCAAUACCGUAUAAAUACGAAAAUAAAUUGUGGAUAUACAAUAUACAAUAAAAUAAAUAAAUAAAUAAAUAAAUAAAAUAAAAUAAAAUAAAAUAAAAUAAAAAAAUAAAAAACAUUACCGUGGGCAAAACGCCGUCGGUAGUUACCGACGGCAAUUUGCCCUCGGUAAAUACACGGCCAUCCUCCGGCAUGACCCACCGGCCUGCGGUAGCUUGUUACCGACGGUGUUUCGCAGCCGCUAUUUACCGGCGGUAA